AUGACAUAUGAUCCGUCACACUACAAAAAUAAUGUGGAGAAACUCUUUAAUAUCGCUGAGAAGCCCUUGCCAUUCGACCAAUUGAUCUACCGAAUUGAUGAAAACGAACCAAAACCCAAGGGCAAGCAUCUUCCCACUGAGGUUGCACUUGCCUCUUUCCUUGCAAAACCGAAGCCUACUCCCAUCACUACCAAUAGUAAUAUGGAUAUGGCAGAAAAGAAGAAAUCGGCCGUGCAAGGCAGAGAUAUAAAGACUCUCUCAACAGACAAAACCUCGGGAUUACAACAGUCACUUGACAAUGUCAACAUAGCAAAUGACCGUGCAAUGAUGGCUUCUGUGCUUGCAGGGCUGAACAUGAGCCCGAAAGCAUUAUCAUUAGAUGACUCUGACCUUGAUGACAAUGAAGACGGAGGACCAUAUAUGGAGAGUAUUGAUUCAUCCCUAUUACAGGAGACCAAUAUAGAUGACCUCUUCGGUGAUGUUGUAUUAGACAGUCCUUUAACGUCAAAACUAUCUAGAGCGCAGCGAGACUCAAAGCCAGAAGAUCUAUUUGGAGAGGAUGAAGAUGAAGAAGAAACAAGGACCAAUCAAUCACCAUCGGACAUUUUGGAGGACAAUAGUAAAGACGAGCACGAUGAGGAUCAAGAUGAAGAAAUGGAAAGCGGAGAAGAGGAAGAGGAUGGAGUUUUAGAUGAAGACACGAUUAAAACGAUUGCUCAACUCCAAUCCUCAUCUUCAACCGGCAUCGGAGGUCUCUUUGACUCUGACGACGACAAUGAACACGAUCGACUUAGUAAGGGCAGUCCAGCGAUCGCCACUAAAUUAGCUGAAGAAUCAAAUAACGCUCGUCUGAAGGCUUUAGAGGCUCGAGAGGCUGAAUUAGAGGCAGUACGAGAGAGACGGCAGCAAUUAAUUACAUCCACACUAUCCAACAUCGACUCUAGAGAAAAGAAAGUGGGCCAUGUCGUGUUUUCGGACUCUGGUGACGAUAGCUAUGAAAGCGAAGAUUACGAAAAGAUGGAAGCAGACCAUGCAAAAAAGAUGUCCAACAUGGGCAAACCCCUCAAAAGUAUAUUUAACUCGGACUCGGGUUCUGAGGAUGAGGAUAGGGGUCAAAUUCUCACUGACAAAAAGAAGGCGUUGAAGAGUACUACCAAGGAAAUGUUUGCUUCUGAUGACGAGGACGACGAUUCUGGAUCAAACAACCUUAGAGAACCAUCCCUCAAUAUCAAGGAACAAUUUGAAGGCCCCAGUGGCAGAGCCUUAUUCGAAAUGCAAACUAGAAUUGGAACGUCUGACUCGCGUUUCCAGCUCACUAAGGACUUCUUAGAUGAUCACAUUCGUGGCGAAGAUGAUGUCGAUUUUAUCGCUCAUCAGGAUCGCCUCAAUACUGGCGGAAUUGGCGCGGAUAUUGAAGGCAUUAUUUUGGACGAGGAUCGCCAGCAUGAAUCAAAUGUGUCUGCAGAAAAGAUACAAGCUAUGAAUGUACUCCGCGCCAUGUUCGGCGACGCUGCUGUACGGAACAAAAAGAAAGAGGAAGACUUUGCAAGACAGGCUAAAGGUGGUCUUGGGUAUACUACAGGCUUAACAGUUCGAUACGACCCGGAUGCCGAUCCUUCACCACCUCUUUCAACAUUACCCUCGCCACCAAAGACAUCAACAGACUCUGUGCAUGACUUCUCAAGGAGCGUAUUUGAUUCUGAGUCAGAAGAGGAGCAAGGAGAGCCUCAAAAUUAUAUACUGGAUACUAAUGACUCACAUCAUGGACAGAAACAGAAGGAAAUUGAAAGUGGUAAUAGCAUGAAUAGCGGCACUGUGGAGGUGCAGGAUGCUAAGCAGCCCAAGAAAGCUGUCGGGUUCUCAUUUGCGUUUGAUAAUGACACUUUGAACCAUGACAAUGAGGUUGAUAACAGAUCAGAAACCUCUGCCUCUCCACCACCUACUAAUAAUAAGAAGGAUAGUGAGAUCAAAACUCAAUUCCAGGUUGCCACUGAUCUCAGGUCACUCUUCACCCCGACAUCAGGGACUUUUACUUUGUUUGGCAAUGACCAUGAGGAGGAUGAGGAGAGCCAUGCCCAAGUUGAAAAUGUCGAAGACGAUCGCAUGGAUGGCUCCUUAGAAGAGGAUAGAUCCCGAGAUCAGGACGAGAUAUUGACAGCCUACACAGAUGGCUCAAGAACAAUCUUUGCCUCAGGUGCUGAUGCCCUCAACAGCAGCGGCAGAACACCCCUCUCACAUGCAGGAUCCCUAUUUUUUUUUCAUUUUAAGGAUCCGGAACUGCUAAAAAGAUCCAACUUCAAGACGAACAAAGUCUUUAUGAGAACUAGUUCAUUGUAA